GUCCCCCUGUCCCCCUGUCCCCUCUCUUCCCCCGCUGUCCCCGGCCAUGCCGUCCCCUCUGCCCCCCACUCGCUUGCGGCUGGCGGAGCGGGGGGCGGUGCUGGUGUCCUGCUGUCUGUCCUGCGCGGGGUCUGUGCUGCUGCUCUGCUCCCAGGCUCGCUGGCCGGAGCUGCGGACGCGUCCCCGGCAGCUGCUGCUGCAGCUGUCCCUGGCUGACCUGCUCUCGGCCCUGUCCUAUUUCUACGGGGUGCUGCGGGACUUCGAGCGCACCUCGUGGGACUGCGUCCUGCAGGGCGCCCUGUCCACCUUCGCCAACACCAGCUCCUUCUUCUGGACCAUGGCCAUCGCCCUCUACCUGUACCUGAGCAUCGUCAGGGGCUCGCCCGCGGGCGAGGCUUUGCUCUGGUGCUUCCACGCCGUGAGCUGGGGUGUCCCCCUGGCCAUCACGGUGGCCGCUGUGGCUCUGAAGAAGAUCGGCUACGACGCCUCCAACGUUUCUGUGGGCUGGUGCUGGGUGGACCUGGACGCUGAGGAUCGGCUCCUGUGGAUGCUGCUGACGGGGAAGGUGUGGGAGAUGCUGGCCUAUGUGACCCUUCCCGUGCUCUACAUCCUCAUCAGGAAGCACAUUAACAGAGCACGCGCUGCGCUCUCCGAGUACCGCCCGAUCCUCCCGGGGACCCCGGCCCUGCGGCCCCGCGCCAGCAUCGCCGACACGAAGCUGAUCCUCAUCCCCGUCAUCUUCAUCUUCCUCCGCAUCUGGAGCACCGUGCGCUUCAUCCUGACCCUCUGCGGCUCCCCCGCCGUGCAGAACUCGCUCCUGGUUGUCCUGCACGGGAUCGGGAACACGUUCCAAGGAGGAGCCAACUGCAUCCUGUUCGUGCUGUGCACACGGGCGGUCCGUGCCCGGCUGCUCGCCCUCCUGGGCUGCGGCCACUGUCACCAGCUGGCCUGGCCUGCCCGGGGGUCCCACGGCUCCUGGCAGCCCCACAAGGACAAGGACAAGGACGUGCCCGGCCCCGAGCAGACGAAGCCGCUGCUCUCCAGCACCUGAGCUGCCCCGGCUGCUGCUGAUUCCUCUCUUGAGCUCUGAGAAAUGCUUUUGGAGGGACGUGCCAGGGAUGCAUUUCCAGCUGCAGGCUUGCUGCAGGUGAGGGAUGGUGCCACAGUCCCACAGAGGGAGCUGCAGCCCGGGGAAAGCGGCUCUGGAGAGCUGAGCCUGGACAGAUCCUGCUCCUCACACUCCUCACACUCCUCACACUCCUCAGCAUCAGUGCUGGGAUGCUCUGGGACCCUCUGCUCAGCCCAGCUCCAGCUCAGCUCCCCUCCUUCCCUCGCCCUGCACUGCAAACAUUAAAAACUCCUUGGGGUCUUGUUUUUGUGCCUGGCGAGGCUGUGCCUGGGGAGUUCUGAGGUGAACAAAGGCCGAGGGGCAGGAAAGCUCCAGGAGCUGCUGCAAGGACUGUCCUGGGCUGGCUCCUGCUCCUCACCCCCCCAGGACAGCAGGGAUUGUUUGGUGCUGGUGAUGGAAGGUGCCCCUGGGUGUUCACCCUUCUCCUUGGUGUCCAGGGGGUCACCGUGGGCUUUGUGGUGGCACCUGGGGGUUCUCCCGAGGGAAUGGGAGCCCUGCAGGCUCCUCGGUGCUCAGGGACACGGGGAUGUGUCCCCAGCAGGGACAGCCCUGCCAGCACAGGGCUCUGAGCUCCGCUGCUUUCUGUGCCUUGGGAGCGCUGGGUCACCCUGGCCAGGGGCUGGGGCUUUGUGUGCCAUUUGGAGAUAAUGUUUUGCCUCAUUCAAAGCUCCUCACUUGCUUGUUUUUAAAGUAUUUUCUCCGACUUUUACAAAAUAAAGUUCUUUUUCUUUA